AAACAGAGGUGGACGAAAUUUAUAACGCCAUAAAAAAUAUUAUAGCUCUCGCAAAUACGUCCGGUCGGUGAAAAUAUUUGCAUAAUAUUUCAUACGUCGUGUUUUUGAAAUGAGACUUUUGUAUAUAUAUUUGGUUGUUACGCUGAGUGUAGCGCGGGGUCGGAGUAAUAAAAGUACAGUGACUGGGCGUAGUGACUCUUUCGAGGUGACCAGGGAUGGAGGAGGUCUUCAUAACAACACAGAUAAACCUUCAGAUUCUGCCUUGAAAGAUGCAGACUUAAGGCGACACAAAAAAGCAAAGCAUAUAUGGAUGUGGGACCUUUAUUGUCGUUUACAAUCAGCUAAGGGCGACUGUAAGGACCAUAUGACAAGAUAUUAUUACAACUCCGAUUUCGACGAAUGCCAUCAUUUUAAUUACUCGGGCUGCAAUGGGAACCAGAACAACUUUGAAUCCCAUGCCGAGUGUGAACAGCGAUGCAAAGGCGUAAACUUCCUGAAUUUGAAAGAACACAGCUUGCCUACAGUAUGUCACUUACAGCCUGACUCAGGCUUGUGCUUAGCAUUUAUAAAAAGUUAUUACUACCAAGUGGAUAGCGGUAAGUGCCUGGAGUUCACGUACGGUGGGUGCGGAGGAAACCUGAACAGGUUUGCGACUAAGGCUUCCUGCGAGGAGUACUGCAGUACUACAUCUGACACCUCCACAGAAACAACACUAAAACCUUCAGCGAGAAUAGACCAUACGAAUAUAGACGAUGAAUGAGGCAUUUACCCACAACUCCUUAAACAUGUAAAAAUCCAAAUCUGUUUUGAUUUCUGGAAAACCUCUUUUAGGGCCUGUUUCCCCAUGCUGAUAAAAUAUCUGAUAGCAUAUCGAAUAGAUAGCAUUAAAAUUGUUUUUCAAGUGCCAUCAGGCAAGGUUAUCUAUUGGUUAGUUUAUCUGUCAGAUGAUUACAAUAUGAUAUUUUAUCAGAAUGUGUUAAGACAGUCCCUUAAAGUCCUCUUAAAUUCAGCAAGAAACCAAGUCACAUAAUAAAAUGCUUUCUACGACUA